AUGGAAUACGCAAAAAGAAAGUUGAACCAGCCCACUCUUCCUUCAGCUGUCAAGUCGAGGCCCAGGCACCAGUUGACAUCCCCUAUUUUUAAGGCUGACACAAGAGGCCCGUCGUUCCUUCUUUGUUUGGCACCGGCUUCAGUCGUGAAUUAA